UGAAUUGAAAUGUCUCUAAAGUACGAGGAAGUUUAAACGAAGGUCGGGUGUCUGUAAGAUGGCGGGUUGUGUGUUGUGGAUUGUAACACUGUGUGUAUUUGUAGACAUUUUUGUCUUAACCCAUGCUCAGCUUGGUCAUAUGAUUAACAUCGCUUUCAACAAAGCGUGCAAUCUUAGUUCCCGGUAUACAGAGGGCAAUAGAUUUUAUGGCAUUACAUUUUCUGGAGACUGCUCUGCCGCUAUCAAUGGAAACACUGACACAAAUUUCGACAUCAAAGCAAGACCACCCAACUGUAUUCACACUGCAACAAACGACACCAAUCCUCUGUGGCAGGUGGACCUGGGACGAAACUUUUCUUUGCACUCAAUCAUCAUCUAUGGACGCAUAAACAAUAUCGGAAGAAUGGACUGUGUUGAAGUAUCACUCGAUGGAGAACACGUGUACACGUUUCCGUGUCCGGGUACAGUGAAUGUGACCACAGUCAUUGAUCUCAGUCCGCCUCGACAUGGACGAGUGGUGACCAUCACUAGAAACUAUACAACACCAGGCGAUUACUCGCCAUUUUUAAGCAUAUGCGAAGUACAAAUAUGGGUGUGUCAGGUCGGAUGGUGGGGCAGUGACUGUCAAACUCAGUGCAGUCAAAUGUGUCAGGGCGCAGGUGAUGAUACCGGGGAAGACAAUUACUGUGACUCAGACAAUGGUGCUUGUGUCAAAGGCUGCUCAGACGGUUACUACAACGUGUCUAACGACUGUCAAAACACCUGUGGUGAAGGAUGUCAUGACACAUGCAGCAGGACUAACGGGACAUGUCAGUGUCAGCCAGGAUGGCAGCCUCCUCUGUGUCAAUGGUGUGCUGACGGGUGGUUCGGGUCUGAGUGUACAGAGUGCGGCCACUGCGCCAACAACAGCGUCUGUGACAAGAAGACCGGCGUCUGUCCCUUUUGUGAUGGAGACUUUGUAGCCCCCCUGUGUCUAGAGGUUUUAGAAAAGAUGCCACUAUGCGGUGACAAGGAGACUGCCGGUUUGGCGGGUCCUGUGGCUGGUGCAGCAGUUGGCUGUAGUAUUGUCUUUCUUAUUACAGGAAUCCUCAUUGGUCUUUUUCUGAGAAGAUCAAGAUCCAAGCAAAACACCGAACAUCUCAGCUCACCUAAUGAAAUCUCCUCAACUGCAGAACGAUCAGGCUCUACAUCUCUGAAAGACACAUCGGACUACAGCAACAACGUCUAUGACGCACUCGACCCUCGUGACGAGAGUAUCGCCCCCUAUACUUCUCUCCACAUCCAGACUAGCAGCAAGGGAACCUAGAGGCCUGCUUCUUACAUCAAUACGUGUCCAGUGAAACAAACAAUUUAAGUUCGACUUGCAAGCAGUUUCUUUUAAGUAUUCAAUAAUUUGUAAAUAUAAAAAAGAGCAUGCACGCCAACUAUUUCUGGAGAGUUGCACAUCACUAGCGUUCCAGUUUCGUAAUGAACUGACUGGAACAGUUGACACACCUACCGAAGCGUGUGAAUCAUGGCGGAGUGGACUCCGGCCGAUCGAUCCAACAGUUCGGCCUUGAAAUAACAUUAUAUACAUUAUUUACAUUAUAUACAGUCCUGUUGCAAACCAGAAGAGCAAAAAAAAAAAAAAAAAAAAAAAUAGUAACAAAAGCACGUGUAAACCUGAAGGUCCAACACUUUUAUCCAAAUCGAAGAACGACCACAGAGCAAAGUAAAUGAAGGAGACUCGAUCCCCUCAGCCUGUUAGUCGAAGGGACACAACUCUCAUAUCUCCAUUGUAAUCCGUUCCACGUCGGAUAAUUUCCAGACUAUACCAUCCGCGACUGUUAGCCUGGGAAGAGGUCGAAUGAUGGGUGAUAUAUGUUCGUAUCUAGAUGGUCUGGAGAUGAGACGAGCAGCAUUAUUCUGGAUCCUCUGAAGUCUGUCAAGAAACUACUUGGGAAUGACAGGCAAACGAAAAUUAGAAGUCUGUCCUCGAGAACACAAAGACACACACAAGAGUGUUAGCUGUUGCACAACUAGUGAGAUAAUAACAAAGAGUAUUAAUCCUACAAAUUUCAAGGUAAACCAUUCUGCAGAUUUGAAAAAAAUAUGAUAAUGGAAUGUCAGAACGAGAAGGAUACCUAAGCUGCAGACAGGUGGAGACAGCAAUAGUUAAAUUGUUUAUGGAUGGAGAACGAGGAAGAGUCAAUUUAAUACGUAUCUAUAUUCAAUGUAUGUAUAAUUAUGUAAUCCACGUUACAUCAAGCAGUUAUAUGAGUAUAUACUAGCGUGCACCAUUUAUUUCAAUUUAUCUUUUAAUUAAUGUUUUAACGGGGAGAAGUGUGAUGUCCUAGCUUUCCGGAUUUUCUUAGCAAAUGUUGAGUUUGGAGUCCAUGGUUUUGCCAACUGUGAUCCUAGUGAAUGUAUUGUGAUAUUUUUCGUGAUUGUGACAUUCCGUUUAAUUUUUACUGCUUCAGCUGAUCUGUUAAAUAAAAGUACAUUC